AUGGUAGCGUGCCCCAUCUGCGAGAGACCCGUCAAGGAAGCCGACAUCAACCGCCACAUCGACUCCGACUGCAAGGCUUUCAUCGACCAGCCGAGUCCGCCGGGCACGCAGCUGCAGAAUGGAGCCAAGCCGAAGCCUGCGAGGGCGGGUUUCUUUACGCCAGCGGCGAAGAAGAAUGCCAGCGCAAAAGCAGAAGAUGCAUCGUCGCCUAUAAGCGCCUUGCCGAGCACUCAGGCUCCACCAACGAAGCCUCCUGCGCCAGUUAUUCCGGCCAGUACAGCGCCAGCAAAACGGGCACGCGAGCAAGAUGUGCAGCCACAGAAGCAGAAAGAAGCAGAAGAAUCGUCAGCGCCACCGCCGAAGAAGGCCAAGAAUGCCCAUCAACCACUGGCGGAGCGUAUGCGACCACACAGCUUGGAUGAGGUAGCUGGGCAAGAGCUCGUAGGGCCAAAUGGUGUUCUACGCAAUUUGAUCGUAUCGGACAGAGUACCGUCGAUGAUACUUUGGGGAGGCCCUGGGACUGGCAAGACUACCAUCGCUCGCCUCAUUGCUCAGACCGCGGGAUGCAGAUUUGUGGAGAUCAACAGUACAUCGAGUGGGGUGGGAGAAUGCAAGAAGUUGUUUGCUGAGGCUAAGAAUGAGCUGGGCUUGACGGGGCGGAAAACAAUCAUCUUCUGCGACGAGAUACAUCGGUUCAGCAAGAGCCAGCAAGAUGUGUUCUUAGGCCCGGUGGAGGCUGGUCAGGUCACGCUGAUUGGCGCAACUACAGAGAACCCCAGCUUCAAAGUGGUGAACGCUUUGCUCAGUCGAUGCAGGACGUUCACGUUGUCGAAGUUGAAUGAUGAGGACAUCUUUGGCAUUCUCAAACGAGCUCUACUUCGCGAGGUGCCGGGCCUACCCACUCCAUCACCAAGCCCAUCAGCAGAGGAUCAAGAUAUUCCUUCAAACUCCGAACCGUCGACAAGCCACCAUUUGCUCACAGAUGAUGACUAUGCGCUCGUUCGAUAUCUGGCCGCCUUUGCAGACGGUGAUGCCAGGACAGGGCUGAACUUGCUUGAACUUGCUCUCGAUCUCUGCCGCAAGCCAUCGAUCACAGCCGAGGAGAUCAAGAAAAGCCUCACGCAAACGCUGGUUUACGACCGAGCUGGCGACCAGCACUACGAUACGAUCUCGGCAUUCCACAAAUCGGUACGUGGGAGCAACGCCGAUGCCGCACUGUACUACCUCGCAAGGAUGCUUCAGUCGGGCGAGGAUGCUCUGUACAUCGCAAGAAGAAUGGUGGUUAUUGCAAGCGAGGAUGUCGGUAUUGCUGACAACAGCAUGCUUUCCCUAGCGACUGCGACAUACACCGCGGCCGAGAAAAUCGGCAUGCCCGAAUGCCGCAUCAACCUGGCUCAUUGCACUGUAGCCCUGUGCCAGGCUCCGAAGUCCGUGAGAGCUUAUCGUGGCCUGAACGCCGCUUAUGCCGCGUUGAAGGAACCUGGAGUUGCCGGGCUACCCGUACCAGUGCAUCUUCGCAACGCACCGACAAAGCUCAUGAAGGAGCUCGGAUACGGCAAGGAGUACAAGUACAACCCUGACUACAAGGAUGGUCGAGUUGUUCAAGACUACCUUCCGGAGAAGUUGGAAGGCCGUGUCUUCUUGGGAACGCGAGAUCUCGGCACUGAGGUCGAUCCAGAAGUUGCGGAGAUGGAUGAGGAAGUCCGUCAUGCCGAGGAGUUGGAGCAGGGCGAAGAACUCAUUCUCAACCCGGAUGGCGAUUGA